AAACUUGAUGUAGGAAUGGCCGCGGUGAGCAGCUUGUGGUUGGCGGGUGGAGCGGAGUUGCUGCAUGAUUGGCCGCUGCGGCCGUCAGUCAAUGGCGCUGGGCGGGGCGGGGCACCACCGCCAGCAGGUUGGGUUGCACGGAGCGGCGGCGGCUGCGGUGCGGGGUUUGCUCGAAGCGCAGUUAGAGGCGUGGCGUGUGAGGCAUAUGUGUUCUACCCAGGGAGGAACUACUCCAGGCCAGCAAGAAUGUUUCUUACAUCCAAAGAUGCCAACUCCAUCCUGAAGCGGUUUCCAAGAGCAAAUGGUUUUCUAGAAGAGAUUCGGCAAGGCAGUAUUGAACGGGAAUGUAGAGAGGAGAUUUGUGUCUAUGAAGAGGCAAAAGAAGUGUUUGAGGAUAAAGAGAAAACGAUGGAAUUCUGGAAGGAAUAUAAUAAAAAUCCGUACACAACUCCAAGCAACAAUUCUGGUCUCCGUGUAGAGCGCACUGAUGCAAUCUAUGUUGUUGUCCCUCUCCUGGGUGUAGCACUGUUAAUUGUUAUUGCACUCUUUGUGAUCUGGAGAUGCCAGCUGCAAAAAGCAACUCGACGCCGGCCAACGUACUCUCAGAGUAGGUACCUGACAAGCCGCACAACACGAAGCCUCCCUCGCGUUCUUGUGCAUCGGGAGACGCCACAUGCUCAGACAGACCCAUCUCAUCAUGAGCAUCAGAGUACCAGGCCCACUUCAGACCCUAGUGAGCCCAGUGGGCAGCCAUCAAAUAGAAAUCUGUAUGCGCAGGAACAAUCUGCGUCUGUGUCUUCGAGACUGUCCAAUGCAACCCCGCCACCUUCGUAUGAAGAGGUUACUGGACAUGUUGAAAGCAGUGGGGAGGAGACAACUACGCCAUACAGUGAUCCACCACCAAAAUAUGAAGAGAUUGUUAGAGUACAUCCGGCUGUAUCACGGCAGAAUAUCAUAAACAAAUAACUGGCUGGUGAUCUAAUGGAAAUGACUGAUUCAGUGAUGGUAGCAUGCUGAAGUAAGAGACCUCCUGCUUUGAGACAACUGUCUACCUUUUACUACUUGGGUAAAAUUUACUUCCAGAACACACAUGUUCAGGUGGCCCAUUGAAUUUGAGUAAAGCAGAGGCAUAGUACAAUGAGGUCGGUAAAGCUCUGAAUAAAAUUGGAUCAUACUGCAUCAUUCUAGUUGAAUACCUUGCAGAGACUAUUCCAGUUUAUUAUGUAGGGUAAAGAAGGUGUAUGUGAAAAUACACUGCUAAAGCUAAAUUCAAAGUAGUUGGAAUCAGUAGUGUAACUAUUUGUUACCACUGUGGUGGUAAAUAACAAAUUGAUAUACGAUGUAUGUGAUCCUAUUUCUUUGUUAAUUCAGUACCACUGCCAGUUAUGUCACAUUUUCAUUUUUACUCAAAGGCUUCUACCCAAGCAUGAGGAGUAAAAGAUGUAGGAUUCCUAAAAGAUGCAGUGGCCUUGCUUAGUACUUGUUUGGGAUUUGCAAUGUAAUUUUUUUAAAAAGCACAGAAGAGAAGGUAUGCCUUGUAAGCAGACUGCUGCCUCCUCAGUUUGUACUUGAAAUAAAUUUCAGGGAAUGGGACAAAAGCUCCCAUAUCUGGCAUUUCUAAAACUUGCUGCUGCCAUCAGAUUAUGUGGUACUAGAACCACCCCACCCCCACAACUCUCCCAAUAUCAGAUCAGGAGGAAUGUUCUCUCUGAUCAGCUAUGUUUUGAAGUUCAGAAAAAAAAAAUAUGGGAGCUAUUUGAAAGCUCUCAACUUGGUUUUUAGCGUGAUUAGCGAUUUAUCAAUUUGGCAGGUACAAUGUGCAUGAUUGAUGUGCUGUUUGAAAAGUAAUUUACUAGUGAAUUUGAUGUCUAAAGAAAUUUUAUUUUUUUUAUUGUAAGAGUAAACCAUUUCAAAUUUCUUUAGGCUGCAUUUUCAUUGAACUGAAAAACUGAAAGUGCAAGGGUCUGCUUAUUAAGUUGUAAUUGGAACAGUUGAUUGCAUGUUUGGAAGAGGUGAUAUUGAUUUUCUACACCUGUUCUGUACAAUAUUUUGUUGCUGGGAAUAAUAGAAACGAAGUCAAUCUUUACUGAGGUGAUGCCCAAUUUUUCCAUAAAUUAUUAUACAGGAAUUCUAAUCUUUUUUAGCUCAUGAAAGGGUUGACAGUUCCCAUAUAUGGACCAGUGAUAUUUGUUAGUUUGGUCUAAUGGAUUAUGUUUGAAGGGUUAUUAAUCUGUUUUGCCAAUUGCAUUAAGAUUUUUGACAUAAGGUAACUUACCCAGAUUUUAAUCAAUGGAAGGGUUAUCUGUAAUUUAGGAUAACGAUUACUUUUCCUUUGAUAUGUAUUAUUGAAACUUUGAAAAGGUUCUUGCCCCCCAAGGUUCAUGUUCUGUGUUUUCUUUCGCCCUACAAUGCUGUACUCGAUGUUGUUCAACUACUGAUGAUCACAGAUUCAGUUUCUGAGUAUCUUAUUAAUGAAAUGUAUCUAAUUUUUGGAUUGUAUUCAAAUUGGAAGUUCCAGCACCAAUAGCAAAAACACAGUAAUUUACAUUUUUAUUAAAAUUUAUAUCUUUGAAUCCCUUCACAG